AAAGGGAGAAUAUCGACUCAUUGAUCGAACAUACCUUAUCUUUAUGGCUGAUGUUGUGCGCUGUCCUUCCUAAAUUUUCGCGUUUCGCCUACGGCAUAGCACGUAAGAACAUCUGCACAAACAUGGCAAAGAAAAGCGCACUUUUGGUGAUCACCGACGGAUCGGAGGAAAUGGAAGCAGUGAUAACCACUGACAUUUUAAGACGUGCCGGAGUUGCUGUUACAGUGGCUAGUCUGUCAGAUGCUAAUUGUGUGAAAUGCAGUCGUGACGUUAAGAUUUGUGCGGAUGCUAAGCUCGUAGACGCCAGUAAGAGUAAAAAAUAUGAUGUAGUGAUACUACCAGGUGGCUUAGGUGGAUCAAAGGCAUUCGCAUCGUCUGCAGCAAUAGGAGAUCUACUAAAGGAACAAGAGAAAGAAGACAGAGUGAUAGCAGCUAUUUGCGCAGCUCCUAUAGCUUUGAAAGCUCAUGGGAUUGGUAAAGGAAAGCAAAUCACUUCUUAUCCAUCAAUGAAAGAUGAACUAGCCAAGGAAUACAAUUAUUUGGAGGAUAAAGUAGUGACAGAUGGUAAUUUAAUAACAAGCAGAGGACCAGCAACAGCCUUUGCUUUUGGCCUAGCCAUUGUUGAAAAGUUGCUGAACAAAGAUGUGGCUGAUACAGUGGCAAAGGGAAUGCUAUAUACUGACUACUAAUAAACCUCCUCCUUAAAAUACUAUUUUAUAACCUACAGAGAGAGAAAAAGAGCGAGAGAGAGACAAAAGAUAAUAUAUACAUAUAUAAAAUUUCCUGUAUUUUUUUUUUUAUAUGUUCUCUAUUUUAGGAAUAGCAUUUCCUUUUUAGAGGAAGAAGAGCAACAUAUAACUAUAUAUUUUCAAUAAAAAAUAAUAAUAAAUGAGAGCAUAAUUUGAACUUCA